UCCAGCAGCAGAGAACCAGUAAAAUAAGGUGUGAUGUGGUUACUGGGUCCACGUGUGAGUGUCCAUCUCAUAAAUGUUUUCCCUUCAGGAAUCCCCAUCAAGUCGACUCUGGACAACUCGAGCACGGUGCAGUACGCCGGGCUGAUCCACCAGCUGGUGAUGAAGGCCAGGAGCACCAUCCGAGACAUCGACCCCCAGAACGACCUCACCUUCAUGCGCGUGCGCUCCAAGAAGAACGAGAUCAUGAUCGCUCCAGAUAAAGACUUUUUCCUCAUCGUCAUCCAGAAUCCAUCAGAUUGAAGAUGAAGGAGCUGACGUCUGGCUGUUCGCUCUCUUUAUCACUCUCAUUUAAACGGCCCAUUUUCUUUCUUUUUAUCAUUAAAUAAAAAUUUGUGUUCAGCA